UCAGCGGGGCGCCGGCUUCCGGGUGGUACGAGCGCGUCCGUCGGGGCGGAGGAUCGAUGUCGCAGAGUAGCGGCGGCGAGUGGGCGUGUUCCCUAACGAGUCCGGCUGGAGGGCUGCGAUCCCGAGUCCUCAAGAGCAGGCGGGAGGGCGCGGAGAGAGGCUGGGGCGGUCGACGCCCGCCGCCCUGCUGCAGCCGGCAUGUCGGCCGAAGCCUCCGACCCCGCGGCCGCCGCGGCCCCUUCCCUGGAAGCCGCUAAGCCCUCGGGAGUGGAGCCCGGCGCUGCCGCCUGCGGGCUGAAGCCGCUGACCCCGAACAGCAAGUACGUGAAGCUGAACGUGGGCGGCUCGCUGCACUACACCACGCUCCGCACGCUCACGGGACAGGACACCAUGCUCAAAGCCAUGUUCAGCGGCCGUGUGGAGGUGCUCACCGACGCCGGAGGUUGGGUGCUGAUUGACCGCAGUGGCCGCCACUUUGGUACAAUCCUCAACUACCUACGGGAUGGGUCCGUGCCACUACCUGAAAGUACCAGAGAACUGGGGGAGCUACUAGGUGAAGCUCGCUACUACUUGGUACAGGGCCUGAUUGAGGACUGCCAGCUGGCACUGCAGCAAAAAAGGGAGAACCUGUCCCCGCUGUGCCUCAUCCCCACAGUGACAUCUCCCCGGGAGGAGCAGCAGCUCCUGGCCAGCACCUCCAAGCCCGUGGUGAAGCUCCUGCACAACCGCAGUAACAACAAGUACUCCUACACCAGCACUUCAGACGACAACCUACUUAAGAACAUCGAGCUGUUCGACAAACUCGCCCUGCGCUUCCACGGGCGGCUGCUCUUCCUCAAGGAUGUCCUGGGGGACGAGAUCUGCUGCUGGUCUUUCUAUGGGCAGGGCCGCAAGAUCGCCGAGGUGUGCUGCACCUCCAUUGUCUACGCCACGGAGAAGAAGCAGACGAAGGUGGAAUUCCCAGAGGCCCGGAUCUUUGAGGAGACCCUGAAUAUCCUGAUCUACGAGACUCCUCGAGGCCCAGACCCAGCCCUUCUGGAGGCCACAGGGGGUGCAGCUGGAGGCGGUGGGGCAGGCCGAGGUGAAGAUGAGGAGAACAGGGAGCACCGAGUCCGCAGGAUCCACGUGCGGCGCCACAUCACCCACGAUGAGCGUCCUCAUGGCCAACAGAUCGUCUUCAAGGACUGACUGCCCUUCCACUGCCUCCUGCUUCUGGGGCCCAAGCCCUCCCUCUCUUUUCUCCCUUCCCCAGGUCUUUGCCCCGGCUCUGCUGGCCAAGUCGUGGGCCUUCAUUCUGUCCCCUCACUGCAUGGUACAGUUCACCUUGGCCCUUUCUGUUGGUUUCUACUCAAUGCUAGCAUAGUCCAUUCCAGCCCCGCCCUGCAGGCAGAGCCCUUCAGAAGGCCUCGGUCUUCCUUCCCUCUUCACCACUCCUGCCCAGCGAUCUUCCCUCACCAGCGGGUUGGAAGGAUUUCCCUCUCUCUUUAGUUCCUUGUACACACACAAGUGUUGAGCCAGCCCUUAUAACAUGUACCGGCUCUGAGCUACCUCCAGCCCAUGCCUCCCUCCCUCCUGCCUGCCUCUUCUGCUUCCUUAAGUCUGUCCUAGGCUGGCCCGCACAGUUGAGCUGUCUUCUUGACCUGUUUAAUAUUAUUUAUUGUUUUAAUUUUCUAUUAAAUUAUUGGAAUAAAGUUGA